AUGAAGAGCACACACUUCAUCAACAACAACCUGUACCAGUCAGAGGUUCAAUACGAGAGCCUGAGAGACAAAACCCAGGGCAGAGACGCCUUUGAGAGUAGAGAGGACUCAGACUCUAACAGACCUCGAGCUCAACGGUGUCCCGUCUCUGUCUGCAGCUACGACGUGAUCUUCGCGUCCGGUCCGGAGGAGCUGCUGUCCAAGUUUUCCCGUCUGGGUCACAGAGUGGUUUUCUCAGCCGAGGGAUUCUGCUGGCCCGACCAGAGGCUGGCCUCCAAAUACCCAGAGGUGCAUGCUGGGAAACGCUACCUCAACUCCGGAGGGUUCAUCGGCUUCGCCUCAGACCUCAGUACGAUCGUCCAGCAGUGGAAGUACAAAGACAACGACGACGACCAACUUUUCUACACCAGAAUCUACCUGGACAAGACCCAGAGGACCAAGUACAACAUGACUCUGGACCACCGCUCCCGAAUCUUCCAAAACCUGAACGGAGCUGUUGACGAGGUCGUCCUGAAGUUUGAGAGGGCAAAGGUCAGAGCGAGGAACGUCGCCUACGACACGCUUCCUGUCAUUAUCCACGGCAACGGCCCCACCAAGGUAAGCGGCCGAUCGCAGCCCGCGGGCCAGAACUGCCUGCAGUGUGUGCAGUUCCUGAGGUUCUCACUGUUUGGUUUGCUGAUGCGGACACGAUGCUGUGGGUUUAAAUUACAGCUCAGAGUGUUAUUGAAGACAACAACAAUGUAGGAACCCUGUCAUUGG